UCCAUCUCUCUAUCUCUCUGCAGGAGCUGGGUCCCUUCUCAUCUCUCUUCUUGUCCGUCCUUUCCUGAUCCCUGUUUCCUCCUCUCUUUGCCUUUGCUGCUUCUACCCUCAUCCCCUGGAGACUCAGGUCUGCUGGACCUAUCCAUCCCCUUUGGGGCCAUGGAAUCAUUGCUUGGGCUCCUGGCACUGCUGCUGUUGUGGGGCACUGUGGCUGAGGGCCCAGCCAAGAAAGUGCUGACCCUGGAGGGGGACCUGGUACUGGGUGGGCUGUUCCCAGUGCACCAGAAGGGCGGCCCGAUGGAGGACUGUGGCCCUGUCAAUGAGCACCGUGGUAUCCAGCGUCUGGAAGCCAUGCUUUUCGCGCUGGAUCGCAUCAACCACGACCCUCACCUGCUGCCUGGUGUGCGCCUGGGUGCACACAUCCUCGACAGCUGCUCCAAGGACACACACGCCCUGGAGCAGGCACUGGACUUUGUACGUGCCUCGCUCAGCCGCAGUGCUGAUGGCUCACGUCAUAUCUGCCCUGAUGGUUCUUAUGCUACCCAUGGUGAUGCCCCCACUGCUAUCACGGGUGUCAUUGGCGGCUCCUACAGUGAUGUCUCCAUCCAGGUGGCCAACCUCCUGAGGCUAUUUCAGAUCCCACAAAUCAGCUAUGCCUCCACCAGUGCCAAGCUGAGUGAUAAGUCCCGCUAUGACUACUUUGCCCGCACGGUGCCCCCUGACUUCUUCCAAGCCAAGGCUAUGGCCGAGAUUCUUCGCUUCUUCAACUGGACCUAUGUGUCCACUGUGGCAUCAGAGGGCGACUAUGGUGAGACAGGUAUUGAGGCCUUUGAGCUAGAGGCCCGUGCCCGCAACAUCUGCGUGGCCACCUCGGAGAAGGUGGGCCGGGCCAUGAGCCGUGCAGCCUUCGAGGGCGUGGUGCGAGCCUUGCUGCAGAAGCCCAGUGCCCGCGUGGCCGUCCUGUUUACCCGUUCUGAGGAUGCCCGUGAGCUGCUGGCUGCCACCCAGCGCCUCAAUGCCAGCUUCAUCUGGGUGGCCAGUGAUGGCUGGGGGGCCCUGGAGAGUGUGGUGGCAGGCAGCGAGGGGGCUGCUGAGGGCGCCAUCACCAUCGAGCUGGCCUCUUACCCCAUCAGUGACUUUGCCUCUUACUUCCGGAGCCUGGAUCCCUGGAACAACAGCCGGAACCCCUGGUUCCGUGAGUUCUGGGAGCAGAGGUUCCGCUGCAGCUUCCGGCGGCGAGACUGCGCAGCCCACUCUCUGCGGGCCGUGCCCUUUGAGCAGGAGUCCAAGAUCAUGUUUGUAGUCAAUGCAGUGUAUGCCAUGGCCCAUGCACUGCACAACAUGCACCGUGCCCUCUGCCCCAACACCACCCACCUCUGUGACGCAAUGAGGCCUGUCAACGGGCGCCACCUCUACAAGGACUUUGUGCUCAACGUCAAGUUUGAUGCACCCUUCCGCCCAGCUGACACCCACAAUGAAGUCCGCUUUGACCGCUUUGGUGAUGGUAUCGGCCGCUAUAACAUCUUCACCUAUCUGCGGGCAGGCAGCGGGCGCUAUCACUACCAGAAGGUGGGCUACUGGGCAGAAGGCCUGACUCUGGACACCAGUCUCAUCCCAUGGGCCUCACCCUCAGCAGGCCCCCUGCCUGCCUCUCGCUGCAGUGAGCCAUGCCUCCAGAACGAGGUGAAGAGCGUGCAGCCAGGCGAGGUCUGUUGCUGGCUCUGCAUCCCGUGCCAGCCCUAUGAGUACCGGCUGGACGAGUUCACCUGUGCUGACUGUGGCCUGGGCUAUUGGCCCAAUGCCAGCCUGACUGGCUGCUUUGAGCUGCCGCAGGAGUACAUACGCUGGGGUGAUGCCUGGGCUGUGGGACCUGUCACCAUCGCCUGUCUGGGCGCACUGGCCACUCUCUUUGUGCUGGGAGUCUUUGUGCGGCAUAAUGCCACGCCAGUGGUCAAGGCCUCAGGUCGGGAGCUCUGCUACAUCCUGCUGGGUGGUGUCUUCCUCUGCUACUGCAUGACCUUCAUCUUCAUUGCCAAGCCAUCCACAGCAGUGUGCACCUUACGGCGCCUCGGUUUGGGAACUGCCUUCUCUGUCUGCUACUCAGCCCUGCUCACCAAGACCAACCGCAUUGCACGCAUCUUUGGCGGGGCCCGAGAGGGUGCCCAGCGGCCACGCUUCAUCAGCCCUGCCUCGCAGGUGGCCAUCUGUCUGGCACUUAUCUCUGGCCAACUGCUCAUUGUGGCCACCUGGCUGGUGGUGGAGGCACCGGGCACGGGCAAGGAGACAGCCCCUGAACGGCGGGAGGUGGUGACAUUGCGCUGCAACCAUCGUGAUGCAAGCAUGCUGGGCUCACUGGCCUACAAUGUGCUCCUCAUUGCGCUCUGCACACUCUAUGCCUUCAAGACUCGUAAGUGCCCUGAGAACUUCAAUGAGGCCAAGUUCAUUGGCUUCACCAUGUACACCACCUGCAUCAUCUGGCUGGCAUUCCUGCCCAUCUUCUAUGUCACCUCUAGUGAUUACCGGGUACAGACCACCACCAUGUGCGUGUCAGUCAGCCUCAGUGGCUCUGUGGUACUCGGCUGCCUCUUUGCGCCCAAGCUGCACAUCAUCCUCUUCCAGCCUCAGAAGAACGUGGUUAGCCACCGGGCGCCCACCAGCCGCUUUGGCAGUGCUGCUGCCCGGGCCAGCUCCAGCCUCGGCCAAGGGUCUGGCUCCCAGUUUGUCCCCACCGUCUGCAACGGCCGUGAGGUGGUGGACUCAACAACGUCGUCACUUUGAAGACACCACACUCUUGCCCUGACACGGCUGCUCCCCGGAACCCAGUGCAGACCUGAGUCCAGGGCACGAGGAAGUUGGCUGGAGCACUGCAAUAAUGCCUACCCCAUCCCUGCCCCCAAAAGUCAUUUACCCGCGUACUUGCCCCAACCCUUCAGAAUCAGAAGUCAGGGUCGUUGGCCAGGGAGCAUCUUCAAUGGCCACCACUGCUCUUGCAGCUGUGACCCCUCCUUGCCAGGCCCAGGGCUCAGGUGGGGGUGAGCCAGGGUACACUCUGCCCUUGAGCGGUGUGGCUGAGGACUGUAGGCCCCAAUCCCCAAUCAGCACAGGUGCUUCCAGCCCAGCCCUUCCCCUGUCCUAGGGCCUUUUUUAUUUUUUAUAUAUACGUUACUCCGGAAUGGGGAGGGUGGUUAUUGUGGGGGCUCUUCCUCCCCCGGUACAGUAGUUUGUCCUGUGGUUUAUUUUGUAUUACCUGUAAAUAAAGUGUCUUUAUUUUAAAAAAA